UGCUGAGUCUGUUGGCUGAUUUGUUUCAUUUUGUUUUCAGAAUUUCUGAAUGUAGAUGAUGAUGAAGUAGUUGAAGAUCUGAUGACGGGAUGGGGUGUCCUGAAGACACUCGCCUUCUUGAGAAUAGUGGAUGGUCUUCCCGCACAAGGGCUGUUGCCAAGUACUUGCAAACUCUAUUUGAGAAUGAACCUGUACAAGGAAGAAAGGUUCUUGCCUUGGACAACUUAUUAGCUGGUAAAACUCGUAAGGAAGCUAGACGAAUGUUUUUCGAAACACUGGUAUGUCAUCAAACUUUCAUGGACUCUGUUUUUUCGACAAGAGAACUGCAAAGUCAUAUGAGGGUUUGCAGAAGUGUGCAAUUUAUUUCCUUAGCCAUACACAGCUCAACUCUGAUACUGUUCAUCGUUCAUAACGAAUUCUUGUUAACCAAAUGUCAGGUUCUGAAAACAAAGGAUUAUCCAGGUAGAACAGCCGAAGGCCUUGGAGAACAUUAAUAAAAGCCGCGAGCAAAGCCAUAAAAUCAGAUUUCUGA